UUUAGGGCCAUGCCACCUCCUUCUUCGGCCCCACGCUGGAGCGAUACUCUUCCUUCCAAGUGAACAGCAGCGAUGACAUCCGCCAGAUCCAGAGCCUGGAGAACGGCGUCCUCUUCCUCACCAAAACCAACCUGAAGUACAUGUCGCGGGGCGGCCUCAUCAUUUUUGACUACCUCAUGGAUGAGUCCGAGGACAUGCACAGCCUCCUGCUGACGGACAGCAGCACCCUGCUCGUGGCCGGGCUGCAGAACCACGUCCUCGAGAUCGACCUCAACACCGUCCAGGAGACGCAGAAGUACACCGUGGAGGUCCCUGGCAUCACCAUCAUGAGGCAAUCGAACCGUUUCUUCUUCUGCGGGCACACCUCGGGAAAGGUGUCCCUGCGCGACCUGCGCACGUUCGUGGUGGAGCACGAGUUCGACGCCUACUCCGGGAGCUUGUCCGACUUCGACGUCCACGGGAACCUCCUGGUGACCUGUGGCUUUUCCAGCCGGAUGAACGGGCUGGCCUGCGACCGCUUCCUCAAGGUCUACGACCUGCGCAUGAUGCGGGCGACCACCCCCCUGCAGGUCCACAUCGACCCCUUCUUCCUGCGCUUCAUCCCCACCUACACGUCCCGCCUGGCCAUCAUCUCCCAGACAGGCCAGUGCCAGUUCUGCGAGCCCACCGGGCUGGCCAACCCCGCCGACAUCUUCCACGUGAACACGGUGGGGCCCCUCAUCAUGACCUUCGACGUGUCUGCCAGCAAACAGGCGCUGGCCUUCGGCGACUCCGAGGGCUGCGUCCACCUCUGGGCCGACUCCCCGGAGGUCACCUUCAACGCCUACUCCCGGGAGACCGACUUCGCCCUGCCCUGCAUGGUGGACACGCUGCCACACCUGGACUGGAACCAGGACCUGGUGCCGCUCUCGCUCAUCCCGGUGCCGCUGACCAGCGACGCGCUGCUCUCCGACUGGCCCGCCGCCAACUCCGCCCCGGCACCGCGGCGAGCCCCCCCAGUAGAUCCCGAGAUUCUGCGAACCAUGAAGAAAGUGGGAUUCAUCGGCUACGCCCCAAACCCCAGGACCAAGCUCCGCAACCAGAUUCCUUAUCGGUUAAAGGAGACGGACAACGAGUUUGACAACUUCAGCCAAGUCCCCGAGUCCCCGAUCGGGCGGGAGGAGGAGCCACAUCUCUACAGGGUGGCCAAGAAGUACAGGAAGGUCACCAUCAAAUACUCCAAGCUGGGGCUGGAGGACUUUGACUUCAAGCAUUACAACAAGACCCUGUUUGCAGGGCUGGAGCCCCACAUUCCCAAUGCCUACUGCAACUGUAUGAUCCAGGUGCUGUAUUUCCUGGAGCCCGUCCGCUGCCUGGUCCAGAACCACCUGUGCCAGAAGGAAUUCUGCCUGGGCUGUGAGCUGGGCUUGCUCUUCCAUAUGCUGGACCUAUCCCGAGGAGAUCCCUGCCAGGGAAGCAACUUCCUGCGGGCUUUCCGCACGAUCCCGGAGGCUUCAGCGCUGGGGCUCAUCCUGGCUGACUCGGAUGAAGCCACGGGGAAGGUGAACCUGGGGCGGCUGAUUCAGAGCUGGAACCGUUUCAUCCUCACUCAGCUGCACCAGGAAACCCAGGAGCAGGAGGGGCCGCAGGCGUACCGGGGGGCUGGCACCAGCAGCUUUGGGUCCUCAGGGGACUCUGUCAUCGGGCAGCUCUUCAGCUGUGAGAUGGAGAACUGCAGCAUGUGCCGCUGCGGGAAGGAGACGGUCCGAGUGUCCUCCACGCUGCUCUUCACCCUCUCCUACCCCGAGAGCACCGAAAAACCAGCCAAGGAUUAUGAGUUUGCCCAAAUUUUAAAGCGAAGCAUCUGCUUGGAGCAGAACACACAGGCCUGGUGUGAGAACUGCGAGAAGUACCAGCCCACGGUGCAGACCCGGAACAUCCGCUGCCUGCCGGACGUCCUGGUCAUUAACUGUGAGGUGAACAGCUCCAAGGAGGCAGAUUUCUGGAAGACACAGGCUGAGUAUUCCUUUCAGAAAGCCAUGAUGAAGAGGGGAGGCUUUGACAUCACCAAGGGAAAGGAGAUCUCUCUUGGAGAGUGGAAGGAUCUGGGGAACCCCGACAUGGGGCACUCGUACGCUUCCGUGGAGGAACUGAAGAACAUCUGGAUCCCUCACGCCAUCAAGAUGAGGCUGACCAAGAGCAAAGAGCUUGACGUGAGCAACUGGAGCGAGACCGAUGAGCUGAGCCCGACAGAUGACCCCGAGUCCGUGUACAUCUACGAUCUCAUGGCCACCGUCGUCCACAUCCUGGAUUCCCGCACGGGGGGCAGCCUGGUGGGGCACAUCAAAGUGGGAGAGACCUACCACCAGCGGAAGGAGGGAGUCACACACCAGCAGUGGUACCUCUUCAACGACUUCCUCAUCGAGCCCGUGGACAAGUGCGAGGCCGUGCAGUUCGACAUGAGCUGGAAGGUGCCGGCCAUCCUCUACUACGCCCGGAGGAACCUCAACGCCAAGUACAACCUCGUCAUCAAGAACCCCAUCGAGGCCAGCGUGCUGCUGGCAGAGGCCUCGCUGGCUCGCAAGCAGCGCAAGUGCCACGCCACCUUCAUCCCCCUCAUGCUGAGCGAGAUGCCCCAGGCGGGAGACCUGGUGGGGCUGGACGCGGAGUUCGUCACGCUGAACGAGGAGGAGGCCGAGCUGCGCAGCGAUGGCACCAAAUCCACCAUCAAGCCCAGCCAGAUGUCGGUGGCCCGGAUCACCUGCGUGCGUGGGCAGGGCCCCAACGAAGGGGUCCCCUUCAUUGAUGACUACAUCUCCACCCAGGAGCAGGUGGUGGAUUACCUGACCCAGUACUCCGGGAUCAAGCCGGGAGACCUGGAUGCCAAGAUCUCCUCCAAGCACUUGACCACCCUCAAAUCCACUUACCUGAAGCUGCGUUUCCUCAUCGACGUGGGCGUCAAGUUUGUGGGCCACGGGCUGCAGAAGGACUUCCGUGUCAUCAACCUGAUGGUGCCCAAGGACCAGGUGAUCGACACCGUGUACCUGUUCCACAUCCCCAGGAAGAGGAUGAUCUCCCUGCGCUUCCUCGCCUGGUACUUCCUGGACCUGAAGAUCCAGGGAGAAACCCACGACAGCAUCGAGGACGCGCAGACGGCGCUGCGGCUCUACCGCAAGUACCUGGAGCUGAGCCCGCAGGGCUCGGAGCCCGAGGAGUUCCGGAAGGUGCUCAAGGGGCUCUACGAGAAGGGCCGAAAGCUGGACUGGAAGGUGCCCGAGCCCGACAGCCAGAGCAGCCCCAAGCAUGGGGCCGUGUUCCCCUCCGUGCUCGCCCUGUGACCGGAGCCCCUGCGAGGAGCAGCCUCGGGGCAGGUGGAGAAAUACGUGUGGAACUGGAACCAGCAGCGGGGUCGGGGCUGUCCCCGACCCUGCCCGACCCCCCCGGGCCUCCCCCGGGGCCCGGAGCCCCGGGACUCCCUUUCCCUGCCGGUACUGGGAAUCCCUGCCCGCCCCCCCCUCCCUCGCCCGCCGGCCCGGGCGCCCUCAUAAAGCACCUCG